AGCCGCUGCUCUGGGUUACUAACAAGUUCCACGCAGCUCGACGGAGGGGACACACGCUUGUUAUCGGUCCACCAUUAGUUGCUUUAUAAUUUACCUUCUAUCAAGGAGUGAAUGCGGAACGUACCAGAGCUUGAGUGGUCAUUGUUGCAAUCAUCUCGUUGAGCGUAAACAAACCUGUUAAAAUGAAGCCUCAAUGGCUGUCAAUAGUGUGCUGUGUAACUACUUUAGUAGUUCACAGUCAUGGAGCCGCUGUACCGACACAAGAUACAUUCGUUGUUGCUAAAUCAGAAGGGGAAGUCACAGAAGCAACAGGUAUGACAACAGAAGAACCAGGUGCACCAAUAAAGUUGACUCAGAUGCGUGUUCACUCUGAGGUAUCCUUACGGUAUGCGGUGACCGCCGUCGUCACUCACGUACGGAACCCUUCACACCGCUCACAGGAAGCCACCUUCCACGUGCUCCUGCCAGAAACAGCUUUCAUUAGUGAAUUCGUCAUGACAUUAAAUGGAAAACCAUAUAAAGCGUACGUCAAAGAAAAAUCAGAAGCAAAGAAAAUCUACUCUGAAGCUGUUUCUCAAGGAAUUGGCGCUGCUCAUAUAUCUGCGAAGGCUCGUGAUUCCAACCAUUUCACGGUAUCCGUAAACGUAGAACCCAACACUGAGGCGAUGUUCAACUUGACUUAUGAGGAGUUGUUAGUGCGUCGCAUUGGAGUAUACAACCAUGCUAUUAACCUGCACCCUGGUGCUCUCGUACCCAAGAUGGAGGUGACAGUCCACAUCAAAGAAUCUCAGAAAAUCAACGUACUCCGAGUACCCGAAGUCAGAACCGGAAAUGAAAUUGAUGCUACCGAAAAUGAUGCUCACUACGCGAAAGUUACCAUACAAAAAAGCAAUGAUGAAAAAGAAGCAACAGUAACUUUUACUCCGGAUCUUGAAGAACAGAAACGCUUGAUGCAGGUUUAUGCGGCAAUGAAUUCCCCUAAACUUUAUUCUUUAACACAACAGGAAAAGGUCAAAGAAUCAGCGUCAACGCAUCGGCAUUGGUACGCAAGUGAGGACCAACAAAUAAGUACGACUGGUGUGCUCGGACAGUUUGUAGUUCAGUACGAUGUCGACCGUCCCGCCAAUGGAGAGGUUUUGGUUAACGACGGCUACUUCGUGCACUUCUUCGCGCCCAAGGACUUGAAGCCACUGAGCAAGCUGGUGGUGUUCGUGCUCGACACUUCGAGCUCGAUGAGCGGCCGCAAGAUCGAGCAGUUGCGUGAUGCCAUGCGCGCCAUCCUCGCUGACCUGCACCCCUCCGACUUCUUCAGCAUCGUCGAGUUCAGCAGCAAUGUCAAGGUGCACAAGCUGUCAGAGGCGCUGAAGGAGCCCGUGCGACCGCACUACUCGUGGCAAGAGUCGGACGGGCCCGCCGCGCUCGUGCCGCCCGCGCGUGCCUCGAGCGACAACAUUGAAAAAGCGAAAGUCAUCGUAUCCCGGCUCUCCGCGAACGGAGGAACAAACAUUUACGAUGCACUCGACGUAGCCGUAGAUGUCAUCAACAAGGCAUACGCAAAAAAUAAAACAGUUGCAGACAACACCACGACCACGACCAAUGAAGACACAGUAGGAGAUGAUGUGCAACCGAUUAUAAUCUUCUUGACGGACGGUGACGCGACUGUCGGUGAAACUAACCCUUCACGUAUACUGUCUUACAUCACCGAGAAAAACUCCGGCGACAAGAAGGCUGCAAUUUACUCUCUUGCUUUCGGCCAAGACGCGGACAGGAACUUGCUACGCAAGCUAUCUCUGCGUAACGAAGGCUUCAUGAGGCAGAUCUACGAGGCGGCCGACGCGGCGCUGCAGCUGCGCAACUUCUACCUGCAGGUGUCGUCGCCGCUGCUGGCGCACGUCAACUUCGCCUAUCCACCCGACCAGGUGAAGCCGGGUUCAGUAACGAAGCACUCGUUCACGACGACGUUCGCCGGUUCGGAGGUGGUGGUAGCGGGCGAGCUGGCCCCUGCCACCAGCGAGCUCGAGCCCCAAGUGACCGCGUUCUGCGCCGACGACAACCACGGCCGGAAACGGUUCGAGAUAAAGAACAAAGUGGCAGUGAAGGAGAAGAACGGAUAUCUUCCACUGGAGAGACUUUGGGCGUAUCUCACCAUCAAGCAGCUCCUGGACGAAAGGGAAGCGCUUGACCAGACUGACAGCAAAGAUGAGAAAAGCCCCGAGAAACGAGCCCUCGCUAUCGCUCUUAAGUAUUCAUUCGUGACGCCGCUAACAUCGCUAGUGGUGGUAAAGCCUAAUGCGACAAACGCUGUUGAUGCAGAAUCUGCUGAUAAACCCCCGUAUGCAUUGCCGCAACCCGCAUUCGGCUACAGUCAAGGAUUAGCCGGCGCUCCGUAUAGAAACAGCAUGUAUAUCUCUUCUCCCAGUAGAAUCUUUGGUGCUGUUCCGCUUAGUGCACCCUUCAGUUCAUCCCAUUCGCUCUAUAGUGAAGGACUGCUCUUAGCCCAACAUGCCCCAAUUGCGUCUUCGGCCUUCUUCCCCCAGGCGCUCGAUGGAGUAGCAGAUUACCAAGUAGAUGCUCUAGAAGAAGAAGACUUGGAUGCGGGCAGUUUACCGUUCAAUGCAUAUCCAACAACUCCUGCUCCGUUCUUAUUGUCUACAACUGUUGAACCUCCAACUAGUACUACUGAAAAUUUGGAAGAAUCCUACCACUUAAAAUCCUUCAGUUGGGCAUUGAGUUUGCUCAACAGCGAGAGAAAUUCAUUAGAGUUUUCGGCAAAUGGAAAAAAUGUUACUCUUGAACUUUCGAAAUCUGACAUCCCACCCAAGGACGCUGUCGACAGUGAAUGUGCGCAGAGCGCCGGUGCGCCGAGUGAGGCCGGCGUGUGCGUCUACCUCACGCGCUGCGCCGCUGCACGCGACAUCGGCCUCGACGAGUACCGCACUACAUACUGCGUCGUCGAGAACAAAUACGCUGGCGUUUGUUGUCCCAAAAACAAAGUGGAUAUAACUACUACACCUUGACUAAGAAAUCGAUAACUUUUAAAUUCAAAAUCACAUUGUUUUAAGAUAAAAUACCAUAAAUGAAGUGCCAUUUUUAAAUGUUAACACAUAAUACAAACACAGCAACAAAUAAUGUUGAUGUAAAAAAGAAAUAAAAUAUUCCUUUUUAGAAAAAA